AUGGGCCACGGUGGCGCUUUUCUACGACUCGGCCAGACAGGCCUGCGAAUCAUCGAAUUCGCCUGUGCCGCUAUCAUUUUCGGUAUCUACAGCUACUUCCUCGCGGUCCUGGCUAGACAUAACAUCACCAUUCCAACAUGGGAGCUGGCCGUUGAAGGCAUGUCUGGCGCCGCCUGUCUCUAUACCAUCUUCGGCAUUCUCUUCACCCUCUGUCUUGGAGGCGUCUUUUUCUUCGCUCUCAUCGCCGUCGUCCUCGAUAUCUGCUUCGUUGGCUGCUUCGCCGCGAUCGCAUACUAUACCCGCCACGGUGCCAACUCAUGUCGUGGGAUGGUCAACACUCCUCUCGGCACGGGCCUCGACAACCAAGCCGCCCCUGGCGCCGGCAAUUGGGCCUUUGUCUGCAGAUUGAACACGUCCUGCUUUGCUGUUGCCGUCGUCAACAUCUUUCUCUUCCUCCUCACAGCAGUCGUCCAGGUUCUCUUGGCCCGUCACCACAAGAAGGAGAAGCGCUUUGGCCCCGGCCCUACCAACAACUACACCAAGGGCUUUGGCCGUCGUCCAUUCUGGAAGCGUAACCGUAGAGUCCAACCGACUCGUGAUGCAGAGAUGGCCAUCGGCACCGGCCCCACCUCCACAUACCGUCCAAGCCACGAAACCGGCGUGACUGGCUCAACCAUGAACAAUGCCGGUCAUUCUCCUCUCUCCUCCGAGCCCAAGUACGGCCAACCCGGCUACGGUAUGCAAGGGUACGCUGCCCCCGCGACGAACUACUAG